CAUCGCUGUUAUGAAAAAAAAAUCCGAGCAUACUUAUACGCUUAUAUAAUGCUUACGAGCCUAAAAAAAACAAGUUCACAGCUCAAAAGAUACUUUUUGUAGAGAAUCUUUUUAAAAUCAAGAAAGAAAAAACAUAAAUAUGUCAUAAUUUUGUCAGUGUCAAGUUAAAUUUGAAAUAUAGGAGGGAUUGACACCGCGUCUUAUUUAAUUCCAAUAGUUUAACUGCAAACUACAAUUAAUUUACAUGGCAAACGAAGCCGAGGAAACGGUACGCAAACUAGCAUCGCACAGGGGAGUGCAUGGAGUGAUAAUAGUAAACGGGGAGGGUAUACCGAUAAAAACAACAUUGGACAAUCAUGUAUCAGUUCAGUAUGCGGGACUUAUGUCCGCGCUGGUGGACAAAGCGAAAGCUGUUGUGCGCGAUUUGGACCCCUCCAAUGAUCUUACUUUCCUAAGGAUCAGAAGUAAGAAGAGCGAGAUCAUGGUUGCCCCUGACAAAGAAUUCAUAUUGAUAGUUGUCCAGCACCCUGUUGAAUGACGAAGGCUACCCGCCUUUGGGCGAGUACUUUUUGAUAUCCAAAAGUGUUGUAUUAUUUUAAAUUGUAUUAGUUUUUUAAUAUAGGAUAGAUUUAAAUAAUGAUCAUGUUCAAUUUGGUGUUCUAUACUGAUGGGCAAAAAUAGGCUGCUUCUAUUGUUAUUAUUUUCAUUAUUUUUAAUUGUUCUCGUUUUUCUCGCUCAAUAAAUAGUUGAUUAAUUUUUAAAUUCAUUAGGUAUUUAUUUAAUCUCAAAAUUAAUACUUUAUUAAAUAAAUUUCGAGUAAGUUUUGCUUUGAAACAGACACCCGGUGUAGUAAAUGGCCUGGUUUUAUUGUCUACCAGUGAAUAUUGGACGUAAUACAACUGUUAAACUUAUACUAAUCUAAAGAGGAAAGAUUAGAUUGUUAAUUUGUUUGCAUCAAAUAGGCUCCAAAAGUAGUGGACCUAUUUUAAUUAUUCUUUC